AUGUGUCGUACUAAGGUGUUAAGGUUGAUGAAGUUAAGGGACAAAAGACAGGAGCAGUCCAUGAUCAAGGUUCUGAAGUCCCACUUGUUAGAGAAAUAUAGACAAUGUCGCGCGUCAAUUACAGCUGGCUAUCAAGAGACUUCCAUUACUCACUUAAUUAUCGUACUUUGGAGACUGUCAGCUCUUUGUUUCGGAUGCGCCCGCGCACGCCCCCUGGAGGCGGAAGGCGGCAUCCAAUCAGAGAACAUCAUCACGGACAUACCAGUUCCAUACUAG